CCUCUCUUACUGCGCUUUCAUUGCCUUCUCUUUCUCUUGCAAUUACUACCAUGGGGAGGUGUCUGCAAAUAUGAAACCCCAACCCUUUCCUCUCUUUCUCGGCACAAAUGGUGGAGAGCUGCAGUUCUUCGUAUCGUGCCAAAUCGAUAUUCUCUUUCUUCUUCUCCUUUCUAUUUUUCCUGGCAUUUCUUCGCUCGUCUUCUGCAAUCCUCUAUUUCAAGGGUCAAAGUGUUUCUCUCUCAUUCGAAGAUGUCGAGGCGAGAUUCACGGUGGCAAUCAAUGGGUCUGGAAUUUGUGGGACUCUACAUGUAGCAGAGCCCUUUGAUUCGUGCUCUAUCCUUCAAAGUGCACCAAACAUGGGAGAACAUAUGGAUAUGAGGUUUGUGUUGAUAGCAAGAGGGACUUGCACUUUUGAAGAGAAGGUUCGGAAUGCACAAGAUGGUGGUUUUGAUGCAGCCAUCAUAUAUGACAAUAGAGACAAACGAAACUUAAUUUCCAUGGUUGGGAACUCUGGGGGCAUACAUGUGCAUGCAGUGUUCAUUUCCAAAGCUGCUGGAGAAGCUCUACUGAAGUUUUCUCAAAGUGAAGAUGGAAGAUGCUGUAUGUCUCCUUCAGCUGAGAAAAUAGCUUGGGCUGUAGUGGUCUUCUCCCUUUUAUCUGUUCUUGUCAUAGCUGUGGUUCUAGUAACAUGUUUCAUUGCUCGAAACCGCCACCUGCGUGUAAGAAGCACCCAACACAACAACCUAAAAAGGAAAAGUCAGCUUGUGAAAGCUCUUCCUACCCUCACAUAUGGGGCUCCAUUUGAUGGCAAGUGUGCCUCUGAGAUGUGUGCUGUUUGUCUAGAGGACUACAAGGCUGGUGAGACUCUAAGAGUGCUUCCUUGUCAUCAUGAUUUCCAUGCAGUAUGUGUAGAUUCAUGGCUGACAAGUUGGAAGGCAUUUUGCCCCGUGUGCAAACGUGAUGCGAAUAUUGAAGCAGGAUGCCAUCAGGUCUGCGAGCACACACCACUGUUGUCAUGCUCUUCUCGGCCUGCUCUUCCUUCUUGAUCCUCCUUUGAAGCUUUUAACUUGGUGCUAUAUGCUUUUGUGUAUUUACCUGUCUUGUUCUUUUCAUUGUAAUUCAUGGGGAAGAGUCUGUAUGUUUGUCGUACUUUCUAAAACUUAGGGAUCAUAAUCGAAAUGGGAAAUAGUGCCCCAUUGUUGGUAUUCUUUGCUGCAUUUGUGUACAUAAGUAUGUCCAUACAAAUUCGUGAUCUCUGAAGUACAAAUACAUGACAAAUUUGUUUGUAAA